CAGAUGUAGUGAGUAUUCUGCGCUUAUGUCUGUUAUUACCCCUCCUAAUUACCUGCCUACGUACAAGGCAAUAUUACCAACUUCAUACUAAAUUCAGCAAAUGUGAUCGUGACUGCUAUUUUGGGUGUCAUCACGGUUGUUCGGUUAUAUGCCAUGUAUCAAGGAUCGAGAAACAUGCUUAUCUUUCUCAUUGCAGUCUUCCUGACUGCCAACAUCACCUCUGCAGUGGUCGCUGGAGUAAUUCUCAGGAAUACUUCAGGGGGUAAAGUUCUAGUUAAUAUAUAUGAAAGAUUCAGGCUGACCCAGCGAAUAUUAGAGGAGCUCAUUCUCUCUGGCACCUAUCAAUGCAGUUUCAGCACCACGUAUGACCCAAAUCUGAUAUUGGUGAUCCAGAUACUCAACACUGUAUGGGAGGUCCUCGCACUGUGUCUUGCUGUCUGGAUUGCUGUAAAACAAUUCCGUGACUUGCGACAAUUCGGAAAGUCGACCCUUGGGGACUGUCUCAGAGAGUUACUAAAAUCUCACGUAUUUUACUUUGGAAGUUUUUUUGCUGCAUCUUGCUUGAACUUCGGUUCUCUUGCUCCAACAAUCGCGGACUCAAAUUCCAUGGGAGCCAUGAUAUAUUCUGGCAUUUCUGUCAUCAUCGCUAUGGUGCAGAUGUUUGUACUUGGUCCACGCCUCAUCCUCGACGUUCGAGAAGUCCACGCUAAGCUUGUAGGCGACUCCGACGCAGGAACGAACAUGACUUCAAUUAUUUUCCAAGAGCAAGUACACGUGUCAACUGGCAGUUGCGUGUAGCACGGGAAUCUCUGUUGGGUGCUAUGUAGGGAGCAGGAGAAGUUUCUUGGGAGGUCAGGUAUUUAAAUAAGUUAUGUUCCGAACAUGGUCCAAAG